AUGAAAAGAGCCGAUGUAUUACAAAGUGAAUUAAAAUUAUAUAAAGAAGGAAAGGUGCAUUCUAAUGGCGGUCGAGACGGUGAUUUCACAGUAUCAAGUACAGGCAUACUAACAGACGAAAAUCGACGUUUAAAAGCACAAAAUUCUGUUUUGCAAAAGAAAAUCGCCGAAAUAACAAACGAGUCAACUUCGAACGAUGUUUCCAGUUCAAACAGUGAAUCAUCGCGCAAAAGCGACAGAGAGACUGAGAUCGAUGGCAAAGCUGACAGAUCUCAACAUGAGAACGGUGUUGAUAUUACUCAACAGGCAUCAGAUUUUGAUGCGAAAUCAUGUGAUAGCUAUACUAUAAAAUUUGAAACUGAACAAGAAGAAAAACGUCUUAUACAAGAACAACUACAUCAAUUAGAAAUAUCAUCGAACGAAAAAAUUACACAAUUACAAAAACAAAUAGAAAUUUUAAAAGAAAAACUAGAUGAAAAACAAAAUACUUGCUUGCAGUUACAGCAUGACUAUGAGAAAAGAAUUCAAGAUAUAAAUAAUGAAGCAACAAAUUUAAAAACAAUCUAUGAACAACAAACUGAAACAUUGAAAUCAGAUAAUACACGUUUAACUGAUGAAGUUCAAAUAAAUCUAAAAAACAAAGAAGAUGAUAUUGCUCGAUAUCAAAAACGUGUGAAUGAUAUGCAAAGUCAUAUUGAUCAUUUAGAAUCACAAAUUGGGACUGUAUCAGCUGAAAAUAAUCAACAAUUACGCGAUUAUAAUGCUAAACAUCAAAAAUUACUUGAAGAUAAAGAGCUACAAUUAAGUCAAACAAUUGUUGAUAUUAAUUCUACUAAAAUUCAAUUAGAGCAUUCCAAAGAAGCUUAUGAAACAUUGCUCAAAACUGUGCAACAUGGAGAAGAACAAUUAACAGCAAAAAUACAAGAAUGUGAACAGAUGAGCAAACUUGCUGAACAACGAAAGAAAACAAUUGAAGAUUUGGCGAUGAAAUUACAGCAGGAGAAUGAAAAAUAUAAAUUUGAUCAUGAAAAAUAUGAACUAGAAAUACAACGUCUUGAAAAUCAAAUAGGAGAAUUAAAUAUAAAAGAUCGUACAAUGAAAAGUCUACAAGCAAAAUGUAGUGAUCUUGAAUUAAAAGUAAAAUCCUAUGAUGAAUUAAAACAAUUAUUAUCAAAACGUGUAGAAGAAUUGGAAAAUGAAUUAAUUGAAACCAAAAACAACCAUGAAAUGGAACUAAAUGAAAAAUAUGCUGAAUACCAACAAGCAAUUAUUGCUAAACAACAUUUAUUUCAAGAAAGUAUUGAUAAUUUGAAUGAAAUGUUGAGGGAGAAAAAUGAGACAAAUAGUGAACUCAAUGCACAACUCGAUGUUCUUAAACAAGAAUCAUUAACUCAUGUUGAAGAUAAACGAGCUCAUGAAAGAAAAGGAGCGGCACUUUUGAAAGAUCUUCAAAAACAGUUACAUACUGAAAAGAAGAAAACCGAACGUCUUCAAGAAAAAUUAACGGAACUAUUAUCUGGCGAUAAAACAGCACUCGAUGAACUGUUUUACAUUCCACGAACAGAUGGAAGUAGAGGAGGAUCAGUAUCGUCAUUCAAUGGAGGCAAUACUCAUGCAGCAGAAAGAGCAUCUAUCACAUCUGUUCCAAUAAUAAGUUCACCAUUAGAACAAGAAAACAAUGAUCUGAUACUUAAAUUAGCUAAAGUUCAAGAAGAAAAAGCUGUUCUAGAAGAAAAAGUUCGUCAUCUUGAAACAUCUGGUAGUUCGAUGGCUGACGAUUUAGUUCAAAAAUCUGCUAUUAUUCAACAUUAUUCUAUUGAAAAACGAGCAGUAGCAUCUUCAUCAAAUGCUUUUCCUUCUCGUCUAUCACGUCGGCAUCCAUCAAUUGAACGUAAUAAUAAUAAUAGUGGAAUUAAUUUACGAAACAUGUUCGAUACACUUGUUCGCGAUAAUAUCCAUUCUAAACAAACAUCAUCGUCAAAUGACGAUACAAUUAAAAAUCUUCAACGAUUAUUAGAAGAAACAUUAACAAAAAAUAUGCAUCUACAAAAAGAUUUGGAAAUAUUAUCACGUACAUUAGAAUCGUCACAACAAAAAUCAGAUACAUCUGGAUGA